AUGCGGGGUAGCCGUGCGGGGCAGCCUGAGCUCGCGCGUCCCACCUCCAGAGCAACCAUUCCCACCUGCUUACCUCUGCUUACAGCCCAAUCCAUUCAGUCGAACAUGUCUGCAUACCCCGCGUACGUGAUGGGCGGCCUCUGCAUCGUCGGAGGCAUCACUGGCUUUGCGAGGACGCGCAGCAUCCCGUCUUUGGUCGCAGGCGUUGGCGUGGGUGCACUGUACCUCUGGAGUGCGGACGGUAUCCGUAGGGGCACGGCAAACAGCCUUGAGACCGCGCUGGGUGCAUCUGCCAUCCUGCUCCUGUCCUCCUUGCCGCGGGUCGCGAAGGGACCGAUACCAGCCGUGCUCACCGCGACGUCCACAGCCACCGCGGUGUACUACGGGAGGAAGGUGUACGCCCUCCAGCAAUGA